CUAUAACCGCCGCGUGCGCCGAACAGCGUGGUCGCUCUCGUGCAGCGAUUGUUAAAUUAUUGAAGUGAUUCGAUUAACAUUCGAGGUAAAAGUGCGUGUUAGUUCUGAUAAUUUCGAACCUGUAUACGGUCUGAUACUGCAAAACAAAUCACACUAGCUCAUUAAGUGUACUAUUCAGGCUAUGUCCAGAGAAGAUAUACAUCUUUAUAGUGAUUAAAAUUAAGAAAUUCCAACGCGUCUACAGGAAAUGUAACUCGUUGGACUCCGCUAUGUAACUGAUGAUUUCAACAAUGUUGCUCAAUAUCUGCAAGUCCUGUCAAUAUUGCCUGGAGUCAUUGUAUUGGACGUGUUGCGAGGAGAGGUUCUGUUUUGACAAAAAGAUUGCUACUUACACUCUAGAAGACGAUAAACCUUCAAACGGCUACGCUAAUAUGGGAGCCAGUUUGGACAGCGUGGUGACGUCACAGCCCAUCAAUAACAACCACCUCCCCCAGAGAAUGGUUACUGGGAGAGAAGUCAAUGAACUGCCACUACACGCUGAUAAACUGUAUGAGGUUUUCUCUAAAUCACUUAUAUUCAGAGACGAACACGAAUUAAAAAAAGGCAGUACGGAGUCGCUAGACGAGUUGGAAACUAAGUCGGAACCGGAUUAUCUCUCAGAUAAACCGAACAGAACGAAAGUAUAUUUCGAAGAUGAAGUUGACUCUCCCGUUACCGAUUUCGAAAUUAUGUUCAAGGACGAACUUCUAGCAAAUUACGACAUGUUCAAGAUAGAAGAGGAGGAAGAAGAGAGAAGCCCCGAAGAAGAAGGGCUUACAAUGAAUGUGGCGGUGAAGAAACAGGACGUUGUCAAACCCAGCACCGUGACUAUCAAGGGGGAGAGAAAAAUAACCUCUCCGCACACCAUAUACGAGUAUGACCCGAUAUCAGCAUUGGUCGUCCCGUCUAAUCUGACACUGCCGAAAAUAGAAAGCGUCAAGAGCAUACUGAGGACUAAUAGCGCAAGGACGUUAGAAAGGGUAGAGAGCCACGGAAAACUAAUGAAACCGAUGCUCAAUAGAGUUGAAAGUCUGAAGAAUAUAGACCCGAAUAAAAUCAAUAAAGUACUAGCGAGAGUUCCUCAUAGAAGCGCGUCUUUUCUGAAUAUACCAGCGCAUCUGGCGCCAGAGAAACCUCCGUUGACUAAAAGCAAAUCCACAGUAGGGGUGCCGAGUUUAGCUGACAGCGAACUGAAACUCAGCUCACUACCAGACACGCCUAUCAUUAAAAGCAAUAAUUUACCAAGAUUCUUCGCUGACAGCCCGUCCCUAACCGAAUACAAAGGGGAAACGAGCCUGCAGAGUAUAAAACAACAAUCGGCCAUGCUGCUACAGAACGAUUUCAGCAUGCCCAGAUACUACGGGAUGUCGAAAUCUGUUGAAAAUUUGGCAGUUCACGAGAGCAAGUCCAUGCCGGAUCUGAGGAAUCCGGUCGCAACGGACAAAGUCAGCAAGAGAUUAGUGAAAUUAAGGAGUAGAUUAAAGCCUCUAGUUAUAAGGAAGAGUUCGGAGGAGAAGCUAUGAGAAUAGAAUUAAUUAAUCUAACACGAAGUGAUAACGUUUACAUGUGGAGUAAAAAAAAAAAAGAAAUUAAGUCUAUUUUUGCGACUUAUAUGAUUUAUUUAUUGACAUUUUGACAGAAACUACUUGACUGUCGACUGACGAAAAGAAAGAAAAACGUUACUAUAUUUAAGAAAAUAAAUAUAUACAGUGUAUUUAAAUAAUAUAAUAAUAGAUAUUAUACGCCUGUUAUGAAUCAGUAUUUGCUCAAACGAUGUACCUUUACUAUGUGAUCAAUAUGUGCUUAAUUGAACAACUAUGUCUAGUCACAAUAAUUUAAACUAUUUUAAGAUCACCCUUGACUAUUUUGAAUAAAACCAGUUUGUGCCAGUUUUGAGAAAUUAAAAAAAAAUUAUAUAAUAAUAUCGAUCUGUUUACUAUAAGUUUCGAUACAUAUAGAAUAACCAAUACAGAAAUAAAAUUUAACAGAAUUA